AUGAUAAGGAAUGAAAAUGUUCGUAAAAUCGAUGAUUACAAGAUUAUGUUGAAUGAAUUGGUGGGAAAAGGAGCAUAUGGAUAAGUCUUUGGUUGUCAGUCAUUAAAAGAUCCUCUGCUCCGUUUAUGUGCAAAAGUAGGAAAUACAAUAUUUUUAGGUAAUGAUGAUCUCAGAUAAUUUAAAAAAUUAUGCAGAUAGGGAAUAAUAGAUUUCAGAAAUAGUUUCUUAAUAUCAAUCUAAUCAAAACAUAGUCAAAAUCUAUUAAGCAAAAUUUAUAUAAGAAUUGGAAAAAAAAUUGAUUAUUAUUAUGGAAAAAUGUGAUAUUAAUUUGAAAGAAUACAUAGAAUAAUAACAUCCACAAACUUUUAGUGAUAAUGAAUUGUUUGAUUUUUUAGAUUAAUUCUUAACUGGAUAUUCUGUUCUUUUUGAACGAGAUAUAAUACAUAGAGAUAUAAAACCAGAAAACAUUUUGAUUAAAAAAGAAAAAGAAAAAAUAAUUUAUAAGCUAACUGACUUUGGAAUUGCAAAAAUUUAUAAAGCCCAUGAUUUUCAUUUUACUAAAAUUGGCACUCCUGCUUAUGCAGCACCUGAAAUAAAUUCAUAACUUAAUGACCAAGAAGUUGUUAAUAAUUUUAUACAUUUAAAAAAGUUUUAACAUUCUAAAAGUUAAGUGGAUGUUUACUCAGUAAUAAUACAUUAUAAUACUUAGCUUGGUAUAAUUCUCUAUUAGAUGGCAUAUGGUAAACUUCCCUUUGAUAAACAACAAACGUCUAUAAUUGAAUUUUUAUAAAAAAUAAAAUCGAACCCUUUGAGAUUAGCAGGAACCUCAAAUUACAAGGAAAUCAUUGAAAAAAUGUUGGUAUACUAUCCUGAAUAAAGGAUGUCUUUUGAAUAUUUGUAUGAAUUUGUCAACGAGAAAAAAAAAACAAAAAUUACAAAUCCAGGCUUGUUUAAACUUGAUAAUAAAAAUUUUAAAAUAAAAGAGGUUGAGAGAAACUAACCGGUUUUCAAAAGAUAAUAACGUUUUGAUGGGUUUAGCAAUAUGGGUGAAAAAAAUUAACCUAUCUAUUAAAAAUUUCCAGAUCACAUUAAAAACAAUCAGUUUCCUUUUUAAUAUAAACCAAAUGAAAUUAAAAACAAUCAACCUGCUUUUUUAUAAAAACCAAAUGAAAUGUAUAGAAAUCAGUCUCCUAAUUUAAUAAAACAAAAUGAAAUUAAAAACAAUCAACCUGCUUUUUUUUAAAAACCAAAUGAAAUGUAAAGAAAUCAGUCUCCUUUUUUAUAAAAACCAGAUCAACUUUUGCGUAUAACAGUCAUCUCUCCCCAUUAAAAGAUAAAAGAAUAUAUGCAAUUUAUAUUGUAAUUGUAAAAAGUUUAAACUUAGAAAUGAUCAGGGAGAUCUAAUUAAGGAGGAAAUCAAAUUACGUUUUUCAUUUUAUGUUAAAAACUAAACUUUCUCAUUUGAUUAACUAAAAGAUUUAGUAAGAAUUUAUAAAAGGUAAAUACAAAACCCAGAUUAAUGCUAAAGCCAAACACAAUUUUUUUUCUACUGCAUACUUUGUCUUCUUGAUGGUAGUUAAGUUCAAAAUUAUUAAUUCCAAGAUAAGAAAAUAUUAGAUGAUAUUAAAAGAUUAUACAAAAGUUUAGUUGAAAGCAAGACUUUAGAUUAAUGA